GUGUUCGGUCUUAGCGUCUUCGGUGGGAAGUUUUACUCCCAUUGUCCAGUUUGAGGUUAUUAGAAAUUAACGGAAUUUAAAAGGUUUUUGAGAAAAUAAUUAUUUUCUUAACUGUUUUUUGCUUAUAACUGCUCACAGAAAUUGAUUAUCAAUUAUGCUCUGAUUGGAAAUAGACAUAUUUUCAUCAACCGUAAUCGUAAACUAGUAUCCGUUGGUGGGCCUUGUCUGAAAAGGUGUGACUCGAGAAGAGAGGAAUAAGGAUGGGUACUGAAGGGCUGAAUUGCUUUGUUUGCGAUGCGGCUGCAGUUGGUCGCUACUUCACACUGGCAACUUGCCGCACGCAAUCAUCAAAAAUCAGGAUAAUUGAAAAACUUGGUCAACUUGUAGGCGAUAAGUACAUGGUUGUCAUAUCGAAUGAUGAUAUUAUAUGCCGAGGAUGUGCUUCAAUGAUGAAUACUCUGGAUCGGCUGGAAAAGGAAAUGAAUUCACUUCGGUCUGUUGUUUUGCGCUACCUAGAGAAAAAGUAUGAACUCGAAGAGGACGAACUCAGCAAGCAAGUCACGCCGCAAACCAACAAUAACACACGACUCACUGGAUCGAAAAAAUCGCUUGGAACAAAUGAGCUGGCGGGGAAGAAACGAAAAGCAGCCAGCAUGGAUGGUGACGUAGAAGAAUGGACGGGCUCUGAGAAGGACAAAAAAGAAGGAAAGGCAAAUACAUGGUUGCAGUGUGACAAAUGUAAAUACACGACCCUGUACAACUCGUUCAUGAUCCACCACGUACGCAAACACAACAGCAACGAGUCGGCCAAGAAAGCCGGUGACAUGGUGGACAAGCCUGCCAACAAUCAAGUCAUCAUAUCAGAUACGCAGAAACCCGGCAAAGAUCAGACCGAGAACAGUGAAGCAAUGGUCUCGUUGCAUAACAAGAUGAUGGAGAUUAUCGAGAACCAGAAGAUCGGAAACGUUGUCGUUGAGGCCAGCGAAGAUGUCGUGACAGCGGUGACGCAUAAAGACGACGCUCUGUCGGACACGUCGGAGACGGUCGAGAUGAUUGCCGCCGAAAUCAACGACUUUGCCGCCGACGACGAACGAGCCAUCAUAGCCGCCAAUGCCAAUGCUGGCCACUCCACUCAGCAGGUCGACGAUGCCGCCGCCGCCGCUAACUCUGCUCCCCCUGCUGAACAUGUCACCUUGCAGGUGGCGCCAGGUGACGACUCAAUAGACGCAUCUAGCACGAUCUGCAUGGUGGACGAGAACGGCAUGAUAGUGCAGAAAAUGGAGCAGGCCGAAGACGGCACUCUGUACGUGCAGGUGAUGGACAACCCAGACAGCACCAAGCAGGUGCUCUCUGUCGCCGAGGACGGAUCUGUGCAGAUGGUCGAGGUCAUGUGGGACGAAAUGGUCAACCCUGAAGCUGUCGAGGACGACAACAUGUCCUUCUAAUUAUCUCUGUGUCGUCAACUCAUAACUCUGUACUACUCAAUAGUCAUCACUCCAUCAUUUUCUACCGUUGUGAGACCCCCGAAAAAUUACAGCCAUGAAAGUUUUUGAAGCUGUCUGUUGGUCUAGUUACACACACAUCGAUUUUUGGACGUACGAUUUUUUCCGUCCUUAGAAAUUCUAUUAGAUUAAACAUAACUUGGCAAACAUACGAUGUGUUAAUAUGUUUGCCAAGUUCCGUUUAAUCUGGUAGAUUUCAUAAGGACGGCAAAAGAUCGAACAUACAAAAAUCUACGUGUGUGUAACUGGCUUUAGAUUGAGCAUGACAAGUUUACUUUAGAUAGAAAAAAUCAAAAAUAGAAAAAGAAUUGUCCGUAUUUCUGGAUAUGGCUUUCCCAGAACUCUAAGGUAAUUCUGAAGAAAAUUCAUAUUUCACAAACUGCUUUUCUUGAUAGUGAAACUAUAAAAUACGCUAGGUAGCGGUAAAAGUGUAAUUGCGGUGGCGUUGGUCACAUUGCUUAAGACCUCCUCGCUAUGUGGGUCAAAUGGAAGAGGGGGCUCUUAUUGCCCCAACUUCGCCUACAUCACUUUUAAUGUCAUAAAGUGCAAAUAAAAAUAUUUUUAUCAUCUAUCUUUCCACCUAUCUAUCUAUGUGAUAUCUAUCACAAGUUCACAUCUUUGUAGAAGACGAUUAGUGGCAUCGAUCAAAACUGAAAGCUGAAUAUAUCGACCUGUCACAUCUAGAGCAGUGUGCUGACUCAUCGACCAUUCAAGCUAUUUCAUAAAAUUCAUUUCAGUUUUUUGCUUUUUCUAAUGCUCCUUGGUUCUGAGAGAUGAUGGAUAGUUAGUUAUUCUAAAAUUUUACUUUCAAUUUCGGGAAAUGAUAGUCUUAAUAAUAAUAAUAAUA